AGCUUCUAUGUGAUUAUUUGGUUGGCCGCAACUUUCUCUCUCCUUCCGCGGGCACAAAACCUGAAACAAUCGUCGCCCCUGCUGCUCUGCCAAAAGUUCUCGUCUUUCCGAUCUCGUCAACAUACAACAAUGGAAGAGAUUGAAUUGAAGACUGCUCCUGCUGAUUUUCGAUUUCCUACUACUAACCAAACCAGGCAUUGCUUUACGAGAUACAUAGAGUUUCACAGAUGUGUGGCUGCAAAAGGCGAUGAAGCUAGUGAAUGUGGGAAGUUUGCCAACUACUAUCGUUCCCUUUGUCCUGGUGAAUGGGUUGAGAAAUGGAAUGAGCAGAGGGAGAAUGGAACUUUCGCUGGACCUCUUUAAUUCAACAGUCAACAUAUUCACUUCUUGAACAAUGGUUUUGUUGCUUGGCCAUUCACUUAUUGAUGCUGCUUCUGUGUAUUUCCUUUGGUUUUUAAGGCUUAAACAUUAUCAAUAACGCUUUGUUUGAUCUUUUAUUUCGCACAUGGUUGCUUGAUCACCAACUUGUUUGUGAUUGAAUUAUAGAUUCAUGAAUAUUCCAAUAAAAAAAAUCCUAUCACAUUGAUUA